CGCGGGUCUUUAGUCUUUCGGAGAUUGCCGUCGGGAUCGGAGUAUCGUAGCGUGCGUUCGCCGAUUCUUCUCGUGUUUUGCGGGUGUUUUUGUCGUUAAAGGUUGUCCGUUACGGGAACCGUCGUUUCGUGCGGGAUUUGCGUCCAACGGUGAUUGAUUCCCAGCGGAGAACCUUGACGUGGACGUCCGUCCCCGUCGGAAGACAGUCGUCCAGGUGUGCCAAAAACGGAACGACUCGGAAACAGUUCCAGGCCCAUUUUGUUAUUGUUUUCGAGCGGCAGUGUUGCCAGGGAUGCUAAUGACGGCGGAAACCGUCCCGUUAAUGCUGAUGAUGUGAAAGUUUUGGACGCCGUCAACUUCCGGAAAGCUUGCUUGUUUGUGAGUGUAUGCGUGUGGGUUGCAAUUGUGCAUUGUUUGCUGCUUUGUGUUGGGCUGAGUGUGUUGGGUGGUGCAUUUAUGUGCAUAGAACGACGUCGUAUCCAUAGAAGGAUGGUGUUGGUGGUGGUGGCUGUUAUGGUGAUGUGCAGCCGGAUGAUGAUCCUGUGAGUUGGGAAUUGCAGCGUUUUAGUGACAGUGGAGCUCCCUUGUGACAGAAGGCAGACAGAAGAGAAGUGGCAGUUUGUGGCAGCAGAUCGAGGAAGCGAAAGUGAACUCCUGGAACGAACGAGAAAGCAGAGCUCGAGCCCCCAACAACUGGCCGUUCAGUAACCACCAGGCGCCAACAAAACACUGCGACUAUUACCUUUAAUAAAUAAUUACCAUUCCAAAAUAUACACCAUUCGACACAUUCAGCAAAAAAGUGCGCGGUCUGCAACACAAAUUUCACCCCCUCUCUCUCUCUCCUGAACUGUAACUGCAAUUGUUUUCAUUAUAAUUAAUUAACAUUCCCUUUUUACUUCCCGGUGACCCCACUUUCCCCGCACCAUAUAAAACCCAAUUCGGAAAAUUGAAAACUCUUCAACAUGACCGACCACCACCUGACCUGAACCGCAUCCCCAACUCCAUCAUAAAGUCGAGGUGCACGGCACAGGUUGCAUGAUGUUCAUUCAACUUGAAAUUCUACAACAUUAAAUCAUUAUUUAAUGACGGUUCAGGCGGAGGCAGCGCAGCCACUAUGUGUUUAACAGUCCGAAUAACUGGUAAAUGUGCAAUCCACCAGUAAAAUCAACACUCAAACUUGAGCAACAAAAAAAAAGUGGCGAAAAAGUGCCGCCAACUCACUUUUUGUGAAUGAAAAGCUUCCGGCUCCGGCGGUAACGAGGCAAGUGACUUGUGAAACUUCGACACUCAGCAGAGAGAGAGAGAGAGAGGAAGCUCGCCCAAAAAGUUACAAUAAUGUUGAUAAUACACACCGUCAAGCUCAUCCUGAUCACGCUGAACAUUCUGCCGACGCGGUUCACCCACCGGAACGUGCUGUUUAUGAUCUAUCUGGGGACGCUGGUCACGCACGUGUUCAUGGACGAGCCCCGAUUCGCCCAGCCCAUCCCAAAUGUGACGGUGGCAGUGGGUCGAGACGCAAAUCUACCAUGCGUGGUUGAACAUCUCGGAACGUAUAAAGUCGCCUGGAUCCACAUAGACCGGCAGAUGAUACUGACGAUCCACCGGCACGUCAUCUCGCGGAUACCGCGGUACAGUGUCACCUACGACAACUCAAACACGUGGCUGCUGCACGUGAACCAGGCCCAGCAGGACGACCGGGGCUACUACAUGUGCCAGGUCAACACGAACCCCAUGAUCAGCCAGGUUGGCUAUCUGCAAGUAGUUGUGCCUCCCAACAUCCUGGACAUCGAGAGCACGCCCUCGUCGGUGGCGGUGCGCGAGAACCAGAACAUCAACAUGACGUGCCGGGCCGACGGCUUCCCCACGCCCAAGAUCAUCUGGAGGCGUGAGGACGGCCAGAGCAUCACCGUCGAGCGGAAAAAGAAAGUGAUGGUUUACGACGGCGAAGUGCUACAUCUGACAAAAGUGAGCCGAAACGAGAUGGGUGCUUAUCUCUGCAUCGCCACUAAUGGUGUGCCACCAUCAGUGUCUAAGCGGAUUAUUCUCGACGUUGAGUUUUCCCCCAUGAUUUGGGUGCCAAACCAGCUGGUUGGAGCACCUCCGUCGACGGAUGUCACCAUAGACUGUCACACGGAAGCACACCCAAGGGCGAUUAUCUACUGGGUCUACAACUCGGUGAUGGUGCUUCCGAGCAAAAAGUAUAUAAUCGAUUACAACGAAAACUCUUAUCGGGCCCACAUGAAGCUUACCAUCAAGAAUUUAUCGCUCGGCGAUUUUGGGAAUUAUCGCUGCAUAUCGAAAAACUCGCUCGGCGAAACCGAGGGCUCGAUUCGCGUCUACGAAAUUCCGAUGCCGUCGACACCGUCGAAGCAAAUAACACACGUAGUGGAACCGAAAGAAGUGCUGCCAGCGCGGAACGAAAGCUUGAAAAACGUCCAGCUGCAGCAGCCAGAGGUGCUGUUCCCGCUGAAGAACGACGAAAGUUACGCGCAACGCUCGCCCAACGGGAUUCCGUUCGAGCGCAAGGGACUGCCGAUUGGCAGCCAGGGCUUCUACACGGACUCGCCGCCGAAGGACUUUGGGGUGUCGCACGCAACUUCGCUCCGGUGGAACUGCAAGGUGUUUUACACGUUGGUCAAAAUUUUAAGCAUAUCUUCGACGCUCACCUACUCCUACUGUAUCGCGAACCAACUGUUUCUGUAAACUAGACUAGACACCUCCAGGAGAUGAUACCACACGCUAGAAGGUACCAAAAUUGUAAAAAGAUGACACAUAUAUCAAAGCGUUCCGUUUCAAGAAAGAAUAAACGACAGAGAGUCCCAUAUCACAGUAGAACACAUCACGUUCCCUGAGUUCCAAAAUUAAAAAGAAAACAAAAAUCCCAACAUAUCGUAAGUUUGUACAUUGUAAACUGCAGAAUAGCAUGCAAAAGAGGCUAAGCAAGUGAUACUAUAGUCAAUGUUGAAGCAACCAAACUCAGAAAUCCAGUUUGCCAACCUAACCGUACCCAUAUCCCACACCAGAACCAAAUCAACCAACAGAUUCCUAAAACUCUAGAAAAGACACAAACACACACUUUCAAUUAUAUUAGAAACAAGUAACGAAACUACUAAUUUAGGAGAUGUUGACACAAUAAUGAUUCUUUAACGAAACUAUUAACUAAGCAAAUCUAGCAAAAGAUGAGGAUGAAUAAUUAAAGAAAGAUGCGCUUUUUGUUGCGAGAAAAUCGACAUGAUCAAUAAAACUUAUUGAAAACCAACCAAACAAAAAAAAAACACUAUUUAUAUCAUAGCGUAAAGGCAUAAACACAAUAGGCUGAUUUCACAAUGUAUCAUAUAAGGAAAACAAACGAAUCAAAUCAGUUGUUAAUUAGAUGUAAUUCAUAGGUAUUUAAACGCGCUUCAACAGUGUGGCCAACACUAUUUCGUCAACAACAGAGAAAUUG